CGCAUGCGUACUGCGGCGGCCCGGCUCCUCGCUCCGCCCUGAAUGCCGGAUGUGACGCACCGGAAGCUGCGCGUGGGGCUGCCAUGGACGCGCUGGAGCGGGUGGUAAAGCCCAAAACCAAGAGAGCGAAAAGGUUUCUUGAGAAGAGAGAGCCCAAACUUACAGAAAACACGAAAAAUGCUAUGCUCAUAAAAGGAGGAAAUGCAAACUCAACGGUGACCGAAGUGCUUAAAGACAUUUAUGCUCUGAAGAAGCCUUUUGCAGUGAUGUAUAAAAAGAAAAAUAUUACCAGGCCUUUUGAGGACCAGACAUCAUUGGAAUUCUUUUCCAAGAAAUCAGAUUGUUCUUUGUUUCUGUUUGGCUCUCAUAACAAGAAGCGACCCAAUAACCUGAUAGUAGGCCGCAUGUUUGAUUACCAUGUGCUGGACAUGAUUGAGCUAGGCAUUGAGAACUUUGUAUCCCUGAAAGACAUCAAGAACAACAAAUGUCCUGAAGGAACAAAACCUAUGUUGAUAUUUGCUGGUGACGCGUUUGAUUUAAAUGAAGAAUACAGGAGACUGAAGAGCCUUCUUAUUGAUUUCUUCAGAGGUCCUACUGUGCCUAACAUUCGUCUGGCUGGGUUAGAACACGUUCUGCAUUUCACAGCUGUUGAUGGGAAAAUUUACAUGAGAAGCUACAAGGUGCUUCUGAAGAAAUCUGGCUGUAAAAUACCAAGAAUUGAACUGGAAGAUAUAGGACCUUCAUUAGAUUUGGUUAUGAGGAGAACACAUUUAGCUUCAGAUGACCUUUAUAAGCUAUCUUUAAAACAACCCAAAGCCCUAAAGCCUAAGAAGAAAAAGAACAUCUCCCAUGAUGUGUUUGGUACCACUUAUGGUCGAAUCCACAUGCAGAAACAAGAUCUUAGUAAACUGCAGACAAGAAAAAUGAAGGGGUUAAAAAAGAGACCAGCAGAGAAGUCAGUUGAAGAUGGUGGUAUUAGUCCUAAAAAGACAAAAUCUGUGUGAUAGUCUGGAAUAACUUUGAGAACUAUUUGUAUCUUAAUUUUUUUAAUGUGAAUUGUAAUAUAAAAGUGACAAACAUAAAGAUUCAGCUGCCUUUACCUUUAGUUUUAUAUUUAAAAAACAAAACAAAAAUUUCUUUUAUGAUUUAUCAUUUCAAAGGGAACAUUGAGUUAUUGAGCUUUAGCUUAGAACCUGCUUAUUUAGAAGGGAGGAAAAAAAAAAAACACAAGAUGUAGCUUGUUUACUUUUCCAGAGCUGAAUAUUUAUUCUCUUGAUAUGAGCAAACAUGUGCUAGUUAAGCAGGUGACUCAUUUCCCGAACAGUUUUAUGGUUAUAAUGUUGGGAAACCUUGAUCAGUCAACCUAUCUUAUAAAUUCUUUGCAGGACCAGCAUAGUGUGUACACAUAAUACAUGCAACAUGACUUCUGCAUUCAUUUACUGUUGAUGUAUUUCGGUUUAUGCACUAUUGCAAUACUUAAUAAACUCCAAACCAUUUUCUAAAGUACGAACUCA